AUGAUUAAAACUUUAAAUGGAGAAGGAGAAGAAAAAGAAAGAAGCAGAGGAAGAAGAAGCAUCAGUGUGGCUAAAAGUUACAGCAGAACUCUCUGUUUCUCUCUCAUCACUGUCUUUGAAAUCUCCAUUAGCAGCGGAAGCAAACACACAGGAUGUGAAAGCACACAAUAGACCAGACCGUUCACCAAACCCUUUAAACGAACUGAGGAAAGGACAGAGACGUGUUGAGGGAAUGGCCAGAGAGAAGAUCCAGAUCAGGAAGAUCGAUAACGCUACCGCUAGGCAAGUCACCUUCUCCAAGCGACGGAGAGGGCUUUUCAAGAAGGCCGAGGAGCUCUCCGUUCUCUGCGAUGCCGACGUUGCUCUCAUCAUCUUCUCCGCCACUGGCAAGCUCUUCGAGUAUUCCAGCUCCAGUAUGAAGGAAAUACUUGAAAGGCAUAAUUUGCAUUCAAAGAAUCUCGGCAAGCUGGAACAACCUUCUCUUGAGCUGCAGCUAGUAGAGAACAGAAAUUACUCCAGAUUAAGCAAGGAAGUAGCAGAGAAAAUUCAUCAGUUGAGGCAUAUGAGGGGAGAGCAGAUCCAAGGGUUAAGCAUUGAAGAAUUACAGCAGUUAGAGAGGUCCCUUGAAGCUGGAUUGGGCCGUGUGAUUGAGAAAAAGGGUGGAAAAAUUAUGCAAGAGAUCAACCAUCUUCAACAUAAGGGAAUGCAACUCAUGGAAGAGAAUGAGAGAUUGAGACGACAAGUUAUGGAAGGAUCCAAUGCUCGAAAACAUGGCUCUGCUGAUUUGGAUGACAUGCAUUAUGAGGAAGGUCAUUCAUCAGAUUCCGUCACCUACAAUUGCAACUCCACUGGCCCGCCACAACAAGACAAUGACAGCUCAGACACAUUCCUCAAGUUGGGGUUGCCCUUCUGAAGAUGAGAGCAGUUGGUUUGGCAAGGAAGAGAAGCUGAUUGUGUGUUAGGGAAGAUUGAUUAGAAUUAAUGCAAAUCUAAGCGUAUUUGUUCUUGAAAUUUUCAAUUAAACUAUGACAAAAAUGUUCCAUUUAUUGUCAUAUUUUUGCACCGGCUAAUCUGAUGUAUGGAAUGAAUUAAUUUGAUCUAGCUAGCUCCACAACCUGCUGCGUGUUGUUGCGGCCAUGUUAUCACAGUUAUCAUUUCGUAAUUUCAUGAUUAGUAGUA